AUGUUGGAUGUUCGUAUCGUGGAAGAUACUAAGGGGGGAUACAUCAUCAUUUGGAGGUCUGUUGAGGAGAGGCUUCUCAAAGGCCAGCUCAGCAGAUGGUGGUGCGAAGUGCCAUGUGGUCUGGGAUCUGGACCUGGAACAGGCUGCGCGGAUGGAGUUCCAGGAGAGGCAGAUGCAAACGAUAGGAGGGGCCAGCGCGGAGCAGAAACAAAUCAUGCA